AUGGGUUUCAUGAGCGCCAAAAGAGCGUACAAUUGGUCGGUACACACCCUUUCCCCCGCGAAAACACAGAUUUUAACUCUGGUAUAUAGGUACAUCUCCCUUGUGGCAGCAUCGUGUAUGGUGCUUUACGGUUACGAUGCAUCUGUGUUCAACUCCGUUCAAGGUUCCAAGAACUGGAUGGCUUGGAUGAAUGAGCCCAAUGCCAACACGAUCGGUGCAGUCAAUACGGCAUACACAGUUGGUGCUAUAUUUGGUGGAUUCUUCCUCGGCGGUCCCUGUGCGGAUCUGCUGGGCCGUAAGAUGGGAAUGGGAAUUGGUUGUAUCAUGGUCAUUGUCGCUACUUUCAUGCAAACUUUCUCUCCUCGCCACAACCUGGCUUGCUUCCUUGCGGGCCGAUGCAUCAUUGGUAUUGGUCAGGGUAUUGCUUUGAUUGUUAUAGCCGCCGGCCCUAUCUACAUCGGCGAACUCGCACCCGCCGAAAUCCGCGGUAAAAUUAUGACUUUCUGGCAGAUGUUCUAUUCGGUCGGAUCUUUCAUCUGCUUCUGGAUCAACUUCGGCUGCACCAAGCACGUCGCCAAUCUAGGCGAGUGGGAUUGGAAACUUGUGGUCAUUUUCCAACUCCUUGUGCCGGUCAUGAUCCUCGUCCUCCUACCUACUAUUCCCGAAAGCCCUCGUUGGUAUGUCAAGAAAGGAAAUCACAUCGAGAAGGCCCGUGCUGCUCUUCGCAAGGUCCGCGACACCGAAGAGGAGGUCGAGCAAGAGCUCCUCGAGAUCCGUGAAGCCAUUGAAUACGAGAAAGAAGCUAUCUCCGGAAACUACUCUGCUCUCUGGAAGGACAAGUCUCUUCGCAAGCGCAUGGCCCUUGCAUUGGUUCUCAACGCUGGUCAACAGGUUACUGGACAAGGCUCGCUCAACUCAUACUCCACCAAGAUCUACAAGAAAGUGUUCACCAGCGAUAGCCAAAUUGCUCUUAUCAAUGCACUGAACGCUACUUUCGGUAUUUUAUUCACCCUUAAUGCCGUCUGGAUCAUCGAUCGCUUUGGAAGAAAAUUCCUUCUGAUUGCUGGUGGUAUCGGCAUGGGCCUUUGCAUGAUUGUCGUUUCAGCUGUCGAGACCGAAACACCGGCACUUGCAAACGGUGCUAAAUCAGAGCCUGUUGGAAUAUCGAUCGUGUUCCUACUAUUCUUGUUCAUUUUCUUCUACAAGCCAUCCUGGGGUGCGACAGUUUGGAUCUGGACAUCCGAAAUCUUCUCCAUGAACGUCCGCGCCCAGGCUGUGGGCAUGGCCUCGCAGACUCAAAACGUCGCCAACGCCAUCGUUCAACAGUUCUUCCCCCUCUUCCUCGACAACGAGGGCUUCUACGCCUUCUACAUGUUUGCGGGGAUCAACUUCCUGCUGGCAGUUUUCGUCUUCUUCUUUAUUCCGGAGACCAAGCAGGUCCCUCUCGAAGAGAUCGAUACUCUGUUCGGUGGCGCCAACCAUGUCGCUCAAGGAGAGGAAGUUCUGGCCUAUAAGAAGGAAGUUGGUUUGAGUAACGAGACUGACGAGAAGCCUGGUGCCGUCACUGUCGAGCGCGUGGGGGACAAAUAG